CAUUUAAUCCUUCCAAGAGCACGAUAAGGUGGAAGCUACCAUUAUCCCCAUUUUACUAAAGGACAAGAACAAACAUAGUAAUGAGCCUAAAUUCGUACAAUAGAGAGUGUUGAGUCAGAUGGGAAGCUUGGCAGCUGGAUGCCAGAGUCCUGGCUGUUAACCAUGACCCUUUUCUACUUUCCUUCUGGUCCCAAGAUCUCUCAGGCCUGGCUCUUUCUGAGUAAGUGGAACAAGUCUCCCUGCUUUGCCAGCAGGCCUGGUUCCUCCAAGCAGACCCCAGCCUUACUCCCUCCUCAGCCCCCAGAGCCCUGAUGAAGAAGCCCUGAUCCCCUCCAUUCUGAGGCAUCUGGGUAAGUGAGGUGGGAGCUUAAGCGGGGGAAGGGAUGGAACCCCAACUGGAGCUCCUCAGGCCCAGCCCAAGGAGCCUCUGCACUCAAAGGCCCAGGUCUACCAGCAGCUCCUUAUAAAGACAGGGCCAGAGCUGGUCCUCCCAGGCCUUGCUUGCCCAUCCGCAUGCAGCACCAGCUCAGACUCCCAGUUUGCUCCUAGAGGACGGCAGACACGGGCAGGGCAGGGCUUAGGCUGGAGUCAGUGGGGCUCCAGGCCAACAGCAGCAGGGGCUCAGAGCCUAGGAAUGCGGCAAAAAGCACCAAGGCUUCCCCAGUCCCCUCCUCACACCUGCCAAAACCCCACCCUCAGCCCAGGCAGGACCCUCUCUCCCUACUCCCAGAAUUUAGUAGGGACAGGCCCUGGUUUAUCCAUCCUUCCCGUCUCCCGUCCUCCCUCUUCCCAUUCCCCUGGCAACCAAACCAGACCCAUCAAGGAGAAGGACCUGGCAGCUGAGCAGGGAGAGACUAAUGGCCGGGAAGGAAGGAGGGGCCUGCAGAGGAGAGGAAGGAGGUAGGGAUGCGAGCAGGCAGGCAGGCGUUGGCCCAUCUCAGAGGACACACAAAGAGGGGAGGCUCCCCUGCCCUGCAAUGCUGAAGGAGCUGGCCGCCAGGGAGCCGCCCUCCUCACUGCCUCAGCCAGAGAUCCAACCCAGAGUCCUAAACCUGCUUCCCCAGAUACCCAGCUCUUGUCCUCAGGGCCAAUCGGAGGCAGACCUGUCCCUACUGGAGAGCCCUGGAGUACCCAGCGGCUGCAGCCCCAUGGCUCCUGGCAAACCCAGCAGGCCUCAGCACCCUGGCUCCUGCAGACCAUCCGAGCUGCUUCUGUCCACUCCUGGGCAACCUGUGCCUGCGUUCUGGAAGCCAUUUGACAUGCAAAGGCCAGACAUUAGCCUUUCCGUUAACUCCAGGGUGGGAGAGGGUAGGAAGGGAUAUGUAAUGUGUAUGUGUGUUUGUGUAGUUUGUGUGCACAUAGGUAUACAGUGCUACUAUAUAUACACUGUAUAUACACACAUAUAUAUAUAUAUGUAUCUCUUUGUGUGCACAGGCUUAUGGAUCUGUCCUGGGGUCUUCUUUCCCCUCAUUCAGUCCCUGAACCACUGGGGAUGGGCACCUUCUCUUUCCCCAUCUCUACCCCAUCCAGCUCUUCCCAUCCCUGGGUACCUGCAACUCCCCAACACUGGAAACCAUUUCCUGCCAGUUUGUCCAUCUCUCAGCCUUGGCAGCAGCUACCACCCUUCAGCCCCCUCCCCUUCCUAUCUCACAAAUAGCCCUGGUUCCCGUAAGGCUGUGACUGAGCAGCAGUUGGUUGGGGGAAGGGAGAAUCCCGUAAAGCCAGACAGCAUACACUAGUGCUCACUCAGCUCAGCUUCUGGCAGGGCACAGACCCUGCCUUGUGCGACCCAGAGCUGGGCCCAGUCACCCUCAAGCCCUUCUGGUGUGCCCACCCUGUUGCGGCCUGGGGUAGGUCCAGGUUUGGGAGCUGUGUCUUUAAAGCUGAGACAACAGCAGGCACCCCCUGGCCAAGCGUCCAGGGGAGGGGGAGGGGAAGUAGCCUGUCCAUUAGCUGCAGAGCUGGCGCCAGGCAGCAACCCUUCACAGGGCCCUGGGGAUUACAGAGAGAUCAGCCCUUCCCCACCCUCCUCAGCUGCUUCUGCCCUCUGGUCCCCCAUAGCUCCCUGGGCGUGGUGACAAAGGGGGUAGCUGACACCAGGUGAAAGCAGAGCCUAGCCUUCAGGGGACAACUAGAGGUACAGGCUGUGGGGCCUAAGCCAGGCCAGCUCUCCAUCCACCUGUGCCACCUCCUCCCUACUCACGUCCUUCAACCUCCAGACCUCCUAUCCCCAAAUUCUCACCAGUUCUUUCAGGCAGGGACCCCAGCUCAAAUCAGGUCCUCCCAUCCUAGGCUGCAGCUGCAGCUCUGGAUACUUGUUGGAAAGUGCUGACCUCCAACCCUGCCUGCCUGUGGCCUGUAGUCGCCAUCCCUGCUUGCUUCCCUGCCAACAACAGGGGGAACCAAGUAGGCAGGGAGCCAACAACCAGAGAUAGCGGGUGCGGCGCUCCUGCUGCUCCGCAGGGGUGGGGCGUCCCCCUCCCCACAUAGCCGCACAGUCAGGCCAGUGGGAGGAGCUGCCCGUGCCUCCCCCCAUGAGCCCGCAGGACUAUAAAGCUGCCUCCAAGCGGUCUGCAGCUCCUGGACCAACUCUGCCAGCGGUGACUGCCCAUCCUCUGCCGCCAUGAGCCACCCGUCGGGCCUCCGGGCCGGCGUCAGUUCCACCUCCUACCGCCGCACCUUUGGGCCACCGCCCUCACUGUCCCCCGGAGCCUUCUCCUACUCGUCCAGCUCCCGCUUCUCGGGCAGCCGCCUGCUGGGCUCGGCGUCCUCCAGCUCCUCCGUGCGCCUGGGCAGCUUCCGCGUCCCCCGAUCCAGCGCGGGCGCCCUCCUGCGCCUGCCCUCGGAGCGCCUCGACUUCUCCAUGGCCGAGGCCCUAAACCAGGAGUUCCUGACCACGCGCAGCAACGAGAAGCAGGAGCUGCAGGAGCUCAACGACCGCUUCGCCAACUUCAUUGAGAAGGUGCGCUUCUUGGAGCAGCAGAACGCGGCCUUGCGCGGGGAGCUGAGCCAGGCCCGGGGCCAGGAGCCGGCGCGCGCCGACCAGUUGUGCCAGCAGGAGCUGCGCGAGCUGCGCAGGGAGCUAGAGCUGCUGGGCCGCGAGCGCGACCGGGUGCAGGUGGAGCGCGACGGGCUGGCAGAGGACCUGGCGGCGCUCAAGCAGAGACUGGAGGACGAGACACGCAAGCGGGAGGACGCUGAGCACAACCUCGUGCUCUUCCGCAAGGACGUGGACGACGCUACCCUCGCCCGCCUGGAGCUAGAGCGCAAGAUCGAAUCUCUGAUGGAUGAGAUUGAGUUCCUCAAGAAGCUGCACGACGAGGAGCUGCGAGACCUGCAGGUGAGCGUGGAGAACCAGCAGGUGCAGCAGAUCGAGGUGGAGGCGACCGUGAAGCCCGAGCUGACAGCGGCGCUGAGAGACAUACGCGCGCAAUACGAGAGCAUCGCGGCGAAGAACCUGCAGGAGGCAGAGGAAUGGUACAAGUCUAAGUACGCGGAUCUGUCCGACGCCGCCAACCGGAACCACGAAGCCCUGCGCCAAGCCAAGCAGGAGAUGAACGAGUCCCGACGCCAGAUCCAGAGCCUGACCUGCGAGGUGGACGGACUGCGCGGCACCAAUGAGGCUCUGCUCAGACAGCUGCGGGAGCUGGAGGAGCAGUUUGCCCUGGAGGCGGGAGGAUACCAGGCCGGCGCUGCGCGCCUUGAGGAGGAGCUGCGACAGCUAAAGGAGGAGAUGGCGCGACACCUGCGCGAAUACCAAGAGCUCCUCAACGUCAAGAUGGCCCUGGAUAUCGAGAUUGCCACCUACCGGAAGUUGCUGGAGGGCGAGGAGAGCCGGAUCUCCGUGCCAGUCCAUUCCUUUGCAUCUUUAAAUAUAAAGACGACUGUGCCUGAAAUGGAACUUCCCCAGGACAGCCACAGCCGGAAGAUGGUUUUGAUCAAGACCAUUGAGACCCGGGAUGGGGAGGUGGUGACAGAAUCCCAGAAGGAGCAGCGCAGUGAGCUGGACAAGUCUUCUACUCACAGCUAUUGAACCCAUUGGUCCAGAGCUCCCUGACCCUGCCCUAGGCCUACUCUAAGCCCACACCCUAACACCAGUCCUGAAUGGGUCUCCUCUUCCUCUGCAUGUGUCUAAGGGAUGGUACCCUUCCCUAGCCUGUAGCCAAGCCCUCCCAGCCUGCAGUGGCUGGGCCUCUCCCUGCCUUACAUAUAGAUAUGACCCAUAUGUUCCCCUUUUCUCAUCCUGGUAAGAGGCCAAUGAUCCCCAGGUCCAGUCUACUCCUGCCAUGAUCCCAUGAUCAGUGGGAUCUGAGUUUCACUUUCAAAUCAAAUAAAACUGCUGUCAAGAGAAACCUUU